AUGAUGGAGGCCGAGCCAGCGCCGGACCUCUCCAUGCUGCUGCGGGAGCUGCUGGCGCCAUCAUGUCUGGACCCCGAGCCGCUCCCCGGACCCCCCGCCCAGCAGGCGCCAAGGACCCCAAGAUGCCUCAGACCCAGUAGCAGUUCCUUCUGGCCUGCACGUCAGGACUCCUCCGUCACCAACCUGCACUUCCUCCGAGAGGCAGCAGAGGGGCUGGCCCAGGCCCCUGCCCAGGACCCCCAGGCCCUGGCCCCCUGCUGGGAGCUGAGGGCCCUGGGGGGUUUGGAGCCUCCACCUCUGGCCAGGGGUCCCCCGGCCAUGCCGACCCCAAUCAGUCAGCAAGGAGGCAGCCUGGGGCCUCCCGAGGUUUCCCCAGCCCUUUCAGCCCUGCCUCAGAGGAGACCCCGAAAGCAGUCGAAGCCGCACCAGGGCGCGGAGAAAGUGGACCCUGGGUUCGAGGGAGUGACCCUGAAGUUCCAGAUAAAACCGGACUCCAGCCUGCAGAUCGUGCACAGCUACAGCCUGGCCAGCAGCAGCCGCUCUCAGGCUCCCCCUACAGGCCCUGAGGCCAACGCAGGAGGCAGCGAGGCCCUGGGGGCCAGGCGCUGUGCUUCUUGUAGGACCCAGAGAACCCCGCUCUGGAGAGAUGCCGAGGAUGGGACACCUCUCUGCAAUGCCUGUGGUAUCAGGUACAAGAAGUAUGGCACCCGGUGCUCCAGCUGCUGGUUGGUGCCCAGGAAAAAUGUGCAGCCCAAGAAGUUAUGUGGCAGAUGUGGGAUGUUCCUGGGCCCCAGCCAAGGCCCACCCCAGGAAGGGUAA